AUGACGAUUCUCGCGCUCAAGGAAGACCGGCCGACGCCAAAGGCCGUGUACAACUGGCGCGUCUACGUCUGCGCCGCGACGGCCUCGUUUGCGUCGUGCACCAUUGGCUACGACUCGGCCUUUAUCGGCACCACGCUCGCGCUGCCGUCCUUUGCGGCCGAGUUUCGCUUUGCCGAGUACUCGCCGCCGCGCCUGGCGCUGCUCAAGCAAAACAUUGUGUCCGUCUACCAGGCCGGCGCCUUUUUUGGCAGCCUGCUCGCCUACUACGCCGGCUACUCGCUCGGCCGCCGCAAGACGCUGUUUCUCUUUACCCUCGUCUUUUUGCUUGGCGCGGGCUUGAUGCUCGGCGCUAACGGCGCGCGUGGCCUGGGUCUUAUCCUUGCGGGCCGCGUGCUGGCGGGCGUGGGCGUGGGCGGGUGCUCCAACAUGACGCCUAUUUACAUUUCGGAGCUGGCGCCGCCGGCGGUGCGCGGCCGGCUGGUUGGCAUCUAUGAGCUCGGCUGGCAGAUUGGCGGCCUGGUCGGCUUCUGGAUCAAUUACGGCGUCAACAGGACGCUGGCGCCGAGCCACUCGCAGUGGCUGAUUCCCUUUGCGGUCCAGCUGAUUCCUGCUGGCCUGCUCCUCAUUGGGACUGUCUUCAUCCCAGAGUCGCCGCGGUGGCUGUUUUCCAAGGGCCGUCGCGCGGAAGCGAUAUCGGGCCUGUGCUGGAUGAGGAAUUUGGAGCCAACUGACAGGUAUAUUCGGGAAGAAAUUGCCUUUAUGGACCAAGAGCUUGAGCGCUUCAAUACCGAGGUUGGUCAGGGCUUCUGGCGGCCAUUUAGGGCCCUGAAGGAGAGGAGAAUUCAGUGGAGGUUUGCCAUUAGCACAAUUCUGUUCAUGUUUCAAAACGCCUCUGGCAUCAACGCAAUCAACUAUUACAGCCCUACCGUCUUCAAGACGUUGGGCAUCACGGGGGCCAACACCGGCUUCCUCACCACCGGCAUCUUUGGCGUAGUCAAGACGGUACUCACCAUCAUCUGGCUCCUGUUCCUCAUUGACCACCUCGGCCGCCGCACCCUCCUCAUGGUAGGCAGCAUCGGCGGCUCCCUCUGCAUGUGGUUCAUCGGCGGCUACAUCAAAAUCUCCGGCACCACCACCACCGCCACUUCAGCGUCCAACGGCGGCAGCCUGUCCUCGGGGGGCAUCGCCGCCAUCUUUUCCUUUUACCUCUGGACUGCCUUUUACACGCCGUCAUGGAACGGCACGCCGUGGGUGCUCUCCUCGGAAAUGUUUGACCAAAACACGCGCUCCUUGGGCCAGGCCAACGCCUCGGCCAACAACUGGCUGUGGAAUUUCCUGAUUGCGCGCUUCACCGAGCAAAUGUUUGACGCUCUGGGCUACGGCGUCUACUUUUUCUUCGCUUCGCUCAUGAUGGUUUCCUGCGUGUUUGUCUUUUUCUGCGUGCCCGAGACCAAGUCGAUCCCGCUCGAGGCCAUGGACCGGCUGUUUCGCGAACAGCCCGUUUGGCGCGCGCAUGGCAGGGUCAUGGCCGACCUUGAGCAGCACGGCGCGGAGCUCGAGAACCAAGCUGAUGGUGUCGGGCCCGAAAAGGCUCAUAGCGAGGAGCUUGAGUAG